CGGAGAUGGAGGGUGGGGACGACUUCAAGCUCGUCCCGAACUGACACGGCAGGCCAUGGCUUUAUAAAUCUGCAUAAUAACUGUUCUACUGCAGGUCCUAAUCAUAAACGCUCAUCUGCUCUUCUUGCUCUGUUUCAGAAUCCAGAACACUAUCCGGAUAACAUGGAAGGCUUCAACCGCUUCGAGUUUCUAGGCACGGUAUUCGAGUCUACAAAGCGAUAUGGAAACUUGCAACCCAUUGGCUUGGGGGUGUAUGGCCUUGUUUGCUCGGCACAUGAUCAAUUUACGGGACAGGCAGUCGCCAUCAAAAAAGUCAUCAAGCCGUUCGAGACUGCCACAGUGGCAAAGCGUACCUUCCGAGAGGUGAAACUCUUGAAGCAUUUUCGACACGAGAAUCUCAUCGGUCUUUGUGACAUUUUUGUCUCUCCACUGGAGGACAUAUAUUUAGUGACUGAACUCCUUGCGACGGAUUUGAAUCGGUUGAUGAGAUCUAAACCCCUGGAACCCCAGUUUGUCCAAUACUUUACCUACCAGAUCUUGCGUGGUCUGAAGUACAUCCACUCCGCCGGCGUUAUCCAUCGGGACCUCAAGCCUAGCAAUAUUCUGGUUAACGAGAAUUGCGACCUGAAAAUAUGCGACUUUGGGCUCGCACGAGUGAAGGAACAUCAGAUGACCGGCUAUGUGUCUACACGCUAUUAUCGAGCACCGGAGAUCAUGCUGACAUGGCAGAGAUACGGCGUGGAGGUAGACCUCUGGAGUACCGGGUGCAUUCUCGCCGAGAUGCUCUCUGGAAAGCCCUUGUUUCCCGGGAAGGACCAUAUCAAUCAAUUCUACUUGAUUAUCGACCUCUUGGGCAACCCUCCUGAUGAGGUCAUCGAUCGAAUUUGCAGUAAGAACACUGUUCAGAUAGUUAAGUCACUUGGGGAUAGACAGCCACGCAGUCUAAGGACAAUGUUCUCGAGCGUCGAUGAAGCUGCCGUGGACCUCCUCGACAAGUUGUUGGUCUUCGACCCACACGCCAGGAUAUCGGCCAGCAAUGCUCUAGAGCACCGCUAUUUGCAGAUAUAUCAUGAUCCUACUGAUGAGCCCAGCGUCGAAAGACCAUUCGAUUGGUCGUUCGACGGCGCUCGACUCUCCAAGGAGACCCUCAAGCUUAUGAUAUAUGCAGAAGUGCUGGAUUACCACCAAUCCGACCAAUUAGCCCACCCAGUGACCCUUGCUGAAGAGCCGAUGUCCGGAGCUGAUCUACUCCCGAAUUUCAGCACAUUUCCCGUGCCAGGACGGGAGACUGAUACAAAUCCGGACUCCACGUUUAGCCUUUUGGAGCCUUGGUCCACGUGGGACAUUGGAGGCCUUGACCUAUCAUUACCAGCAUCAGAUUACGUGGAUCCAGCUGAGACUAGUUUACCGACAACAAUUGGGUGAGCAUGAAAAUACCAAUCACAAGGUUAAGCCCGGGGUCGAGCAGAU